AUGUCGUACGACAAGAAAUUCGAUGCUUCACUUGACCUCCUCAGGCGCUUGAAUCCACAAAAGGUCUCCGCGCACUUGAAUGACAUCUGUACCAUAGUCAAUGACGAGGAGCUCACGCAAGACCUCUUGUCGUCGGUUGAUGUCCCAUUAGAAUCACGUACUUGUCCUGAUACUGGUAAGGAAUUUCUCUGCUGCGAUUAUAAUCGUGAUGGAGACCUGUAUAGAUCACCAUGGCUGAAUAAAUACGUGCCAGCACCAUCAGUCAACGAAGACGACCCACCCCCAUUCCCAUCUGAUUCCCUUAGACAGCUUGAGACUAAGGCCAACGAAAGUUUCGAUAUAUACCGUGAUCUCUACUAUGAGGGAAGUGGGAUCCUGUCUGUUUACCUCUGGGAUACAGAGGAUGAGGAAACCUUGGACUCCUUUGCUGGUGUGGUGCUCCUCAAAAAACAAACUGACGAUAAGUCAGGAAGCUGGGACAGUAUCCACGUCUUUGAGGUUAUAGCUGAAGGAAGCGGAUCAGCACUCUAUAAAGUGACCUCGUCGGUCAUUUUAGAUUUGUCUAAAACCAAUUUGAACCUCUCAGGUCUGCUCACAAGACAGCUUGAACAAUCGCUGGCGUUUGGCUCUGUAAACUUGGAAACCUCUCAUUUGGUCAACUUGGGUACGCUCAUCGAGAAGAGUGAAUACAACUUAAGAAAUUUGCUUCAGGAUGUUUACUUUGAUAAAUUGAAGGAUAUUGUGAUGAAGGACUUAAGGUCAGAUGUGUCCAGUCAAAGAGAAGACGACGAAAGACAAAGCGAGGUCAUCAAGAGUUUAAAAGAGUUAUAA